AUGGCUACUUCCACAAAGUCGAAUCCAAAGGUGCUCGAGGGAAUCUUCGCCAUCAACAAGCCGCAAUGGGCCUCAUCUGCCGGCGUCCUGCGCGACCUUCAAGAACACUUCUCCCGCUCCUCGCUCUUUGCACCAUGGCUGGAGUCGCAAAAACGCAGUCUAAUACUUAGUCAAGCAAAGCAAAAGCACAUCAACAAUCUGAAAGUGAAGCUCGGCCAUGGCGGCACUCUCGAUCCAAUGGCUACUGGUGUCCUGAUAGUCGGAAUGGGCAAGGGUACAAAGUGCUUACAACGCUUCCUCGAAUGCACAAAAACAUACGAAUGCGUUGUCCUAUUCGGCGCGGCGACAGACAGCUACGACGCCGUGGGCAAAGUAGUCAGCAAAGCACCCUACGAGCAUGUCACGAAAGAGUUGGUAGAGGAGAGACUGGCGCAGUUCCGCGGCAAGAUCCUACAGAAACCAAGCGUCUUUUCCGCACUCAAGGUGGACGGGAAGAAAAUGUACGAGUACGCGAGAGCAGGUGGCGAUAUCCCAGAGGUAGCUGCGCGGCCAGUCGAGGUGGAAGAGCUGGAGCUGGUGGAGUGGUUGGAGCCUGGAAGUCACGAGUUUGCGUGGCCCAAGGAAGAGGUGGGAGGCGAGGAGAUGGAGGGCGCGAAGAAACUCAUGGGUAUAAGAGCAGAAGACGCCAAGAAAUACGCUGAUACCACGGCGAGAAAAGGACGGAAGCGAGAGCGGUCACCAGAGAGCGACAGCGUCGAAGGUGCUGGGAAACAGCCCAAGAUGCCAAAAUCAGACACUGAGCCUGCCAUGUCUGGCGCCUUGCCAUCAGAAGAAAUCCCCGUCGAAACAGCAGAGGAAGAAACUUCGGAACCUCCCAACGACUCGACAACCGAACCCGUAGACCCCGUUCCUACUUCAACCGAACCCACCGACCCUGCCCCUCCCCCAGCUGAAUCCGAACCACAUCCCCAACCCCCCGCCGCCCGCCUCCGCAUGACAGUAACAUCCGGUUUCUACGUGCGCUCCCUCUGCCACGACCUGGGCCUCGCCUGUUCCUCACUCGGCCUCAUGUCCUCGCUUAUCCGCUCCCGCCAAGGCGCCUACACGCUCAACAAAAAUGUGCUGGAGUACUCUGACCUGGAAGACCCCGCGAAAUGGGAGCCUGUGCUGCAGAAGCAGCUGGAAGAUUUCAUGCAAGAAGAGGGCUGGGAGGCGGAAGAAUUAGAAGAUGAGGAGAAAUGGGAGGCGAAGAAGAAGGGGAGGUUGGCGGAGGAGAGGGAGGAGGAUCGCGAGAGGAGUUACAGGGGUGGGGGCAGGAACAAGUGGAAUAAGGGGAAGGGGAAGUAUAGUCGAGGUGGUGGUGGUGGAAGGAGGGAUUAA